AAGUAUUUUCAUGAUUUUAAUUUAAUAUCUAUAAUAACCCUGCUGUGACCACCUCACCACUGUGUCUUUACAGUAUUUGUGCCAUGCGGGUAAUGAAAAAUUAUAAACGUGCCCUCUGUUGUGUGUUUGGCUUCGUGCUGCUCUACAAUUUCUUAUCCUGGAGUAAAACCAUGUUACUCUUGAGUCAGAUUGAGACCAGUGGACCUAAAGGCCCAGAGGACAACAUCACCAUCCUCCUGUGGCACUGGCCUUUCGGAGUUCACUACAAACUGGAGAGAGGUGUCUGUAUGGAUAAAUAUAAAAUCCCCAGAUGCUUUCUGGAGGAUAACCGAUCUCUUUUCGCUCAGGCAGAUGUUGUAGUCUUCCAUCACAAUGAGCUCUGGACUGGUCACUCCAAACUGCCUCUCCACCUUACGCGUUCACCAAUGCAAAGGUGGCUUUGGUUAUCGCUGGAACCUCCUAUGAACAACCACAACCUCAGCAACUACAACAGUUUGUUCAACUGGACAAUGAGUUAUCGCCGUGACGCUGACAUCUACAUGCCAUACGGAGAGCUUGUUUUUAAAUGGACUAAUGCCACAUACGCUAUUCCGAAGAAGAGCGAAUGCCUAGUUUGCUGGGUGGUCAGCAAAUACAACGCCAAUCAUAGUCGCUCUCUAGUUUUCAAGCAGCUGGAGAAACACAUUCCAUCAAAACUAAUAGAAGUAUAUGGUCAGUGGUCCAAGAGGCCGCUCUCAAACAAAAACCUGCUUUCUACAAUAUCUCGAUGUUAUUUCUACCUUGCUUUUGAAAACUCAGUAUCCACAGACUAUAUCACAGAGAAGCUGUGGCGAAAUUCAUUUCAGGCGGGGAGUGUGCCGGUGGUCCUCGGCCCACCCAGGAACAUUUAUGAACUAUCCAUUCCACCAGAGUCAUUCAUCCAUAUAAAUGACUUCAGCAGCAUUAAGGCACUGGCUAAUUUCUUAAGACAAGUGGCUGCUGAUAGAGAGCGUUAUGAGUCUUAUUUUAGAUGGCACAAUAAGUAUGAUGUUAGAAUGUGCACAGACUGGAGAGAGAGACUAUGUAAUAUUUGCUCACGUUAUGACCAGCUCUCUAAGCAUAAAAAAGUGUACAAUGAUCUGUACAGCUGGGUCAACAGUUAACUGACUUUUUCAAGGAAGCUGUUUCAUUUGAAAGUGUGGAUUUUCAAAUUAUAAGUUCACUUUAUCUGUUCUUUGCAAGUACUGUUAAAUGUAUUUGAAACAUGUCCAGGGGAUCAACUAGUAAAUUAUAAAUGAUUUUUCAUUGCUUUAUACAUUUUUAAGCAAUAGCAUUUUGCUUCUCAUUCCAACCCUGUUUUUUGUUUUUUUGUUUUUUAUCAGAUGCCAUUAUGUUACUGAAUAUAGUAGUUUGCACUCAGUGUGAGAACGCCCUUCCGCUUCAAUAUUCACAAGUUCCUACUAAGUUUCAUCAAUACAGGUUUUAAGGCCAGCAAUUCAUGCUUCCAUAUAUUUAACCAAUUAUAUUUUAAUUGAUUUUUUUUUUCAAAUUUCAUUUAAUUUCACAUUUACCAUUUCUUUUAUGUGGUAAACUAUUUUUUGAGAAUGCCAUUCCAGAAAACCCCCAAUACUUCCCACAGAAAGCUAAAAUGAGUCAGAGAAGCAUGCCAGCUCACUCUUGAACCAUUUGGGUGUUAAUCAUAUGCGUGCCAGACUAAAAAUCAGUUAAAAACUGUUCUGCUCUGUGGUUCUUUCUUUAUAAAUGUUUGUAGUCCACAUCCUUGAUUAAAUACAAACCUGGAGGAUCUUGGCUCUGUGAGUCCUUGCAAGGUCUGUUUUAAUAUGGUAGUUUAUGUUAAGCAUUCAUGUUAACACAACUUUAUUGCCAAAUAUUGCCAAAUAUAUAUAUAUGUAUAUAUAUUCAUAACUUCCUGUGCUUAAUAUUACUUUUGGUGCAUGUAAGUUGCUCUGGUGCAUAAAUAUAAUCCCAA